AUGACUGAACACUAUCCAUCUUAUAUUGUUGAUGCUUUUGCAAAAAAACGUUUUUCUGGAAAUCCAGCUGCAGUUUGUUUGAUUCCACAGAAUAAAAAAGAUGAAGAGUACUUGAAAAUAGCAUCAGAAUUGAAUGUCUCCGAGACUGCAUUCCCUGUUCCAAUCGGCAAUUCUGACUAUAAAACGUGUUCUCAAUUCUACCUUCGUUGGUUCACUCCAACUUCAGAAGUACCUUUGUGUGGACAUGCAACACUUGCCACGUCACAUGUUCUAUUCAAUGAAAUUGGAAAUUUGAAUAAAGAACUGAAGUUUGAAACCCAGACUGGAAUACUAGCUGUUAGAAGGGAUGAGUCUGGAAAUGUCGAAUUAAAUCUGCCAGAAUACGAUUUGACUUCUAUCAAAUUUCAUCACACGACCAAUCCAUUACAUGGAAUUUUCUCUGAAUUCAAAGCUCCUCAUUUUCUUUUCGAUAUCGUCAAGUGCAUCGUGCCAACUGAGAUGGCAAUUGAAGCAUGUGUAUACGCUGCCAAACCUCGUGUAUUGGUGGUUGUCGUUGACCCAUUAACAACUAAAUUCGAAUUAGAAGCAGUUAAAAUCGACGUGGCGAAGAUUCUUCAAAUUCAAAACAACGGUUUUCUUCAAGGAAUCGCGUUGACUCUUCGGCCAAAAAACGCAUUGAUUCAAGGGUUUACUGAUUCUUCUGAUGAACCAUUCGACUAUGCGUGCCGUUAUUUUGCUCCGUGGGUUGGAAUUAAUGAAGAUCCAGCAACUGGACAUGCUCAAUGUGCAAUGGGUCCUUUCUGGUCAAAAAUAACUGGAAAGAGAGAAUUAUAUGCAUUACAAGCAUUUCCAACUCGAGGAGGAUUGUUUCGCUUGAAAUUUCAAGAUGGUCGAGUCAUUCUCAAUGGACCUUCAGUCACUGUUCUUCGAGGAGAAAUCACACUAGAUGAGCCAACAUUUUACUGA